GCGUGGAUCAAGCUACUAGAAGAUAAGGCAGCUAGUAAACAAUCCUCGAAGGAAGAUCUUCGACGUGGUCUAAUGUAAGUAAAAGUAUAGUGCUCCACCGGUAGUAUAGUAUAUGAUGUGAUUAUCAGAAGAACCGCCCGUUUUAUUCUGCAUGAGAAGCACUUCUAACGACCAUGUUCUUGAUCACACAAUGGAAAUUCUAUAAUUAGGACUAAGGAGAACGAGGAGAAGAAUGUUCUUGAUGCAGUUGAACAUUCAUUGUUCUCAAUACGUAGUAAAUUGGAUUGAUAGCAGCUCACUUCUCUAAUCACGCCCUGUUGCAGGCAAAUCAGAUACAACUGAUUCCAGGCUACAUCAGGAUUUUGGCAGUUGCCCCAGAGCCAGCGCCACCGUGUAUCUUCGGAGCCGUCGACAGCAAAGUCCUUCGCUGGACUCCUUGUUAAGGGUUUCCGAAUUACAUCCCGUGGCCGCACCACGAUUCUUGGCUCUUUUCGUCGCCAGAAAAGAAGUCGGAGAUGUCCUGAGGAACGUAAUUCCGUGACCUCUAAACUUAGGUGUAGCGACGAAUGUCACCUCAUGCGCUGGAUCUUCCGUUGCAGAAACCGGAGGCUCAUGCUCUUCGGGUAACCACUCCAGUGCGGAGGGAUCUUACAGGUCGUCCAA